UAAAUUCAAAUCUAACAAAAAAAUUAGCAAACAACUUAGUCCAAUACAAGUUUCUGUUUCUGCUCCGAUCGGUGAAAAAUCACCCUUACCAGAGUAUUCUCUAGAUUCUAUUUCACCUCUACAUAACAACAAUAUCAACAAUAACAGCGAUGGGGAACGUCCUGCUCUUCCAAAAUCACAAUCAGCAACAGAUCUUAGAACACAAGUUAGAGGGAGAGUUGUUCGUUCUUUUUCCCAGACGAGUGUUCCUGGAACUUCUACUGCAAAUUAUUAUUUGAAUAGGUUAUCAAAUACUUCUAGUGGAAGUUCAAAGGUUUCUACCAUAGGUACCACGCGUAAACAUAGUUUACAAGCGACUGAUCUUUUUCAAACUGAUCAACCACCUCGACCAUAUAUGACUUUGGCUGAAUUUAAAAGAAUUGACAAACAUCCUCGUCAGCAAAGAGCAAUUUUAGCUACUCUGCAACGACAGGAUAAUAGAUUGAGAAAAGAGGGUGUUAUAAAAGACAUGAGUAAAUCUUCUUUAAAAGGAAAAAAAG